AUGGAGGAUCCGGCUAUCAGCACGGCAGCUUACGAGAGCCUUCCGGAGUACGGCACGUUGCUGAUACUGCUCGUUGUGAUAGUGUCCUCGGUGCUGCGAAUGGUGAAGCGAGUGAUAAACCUGCCAGUGGUGGCCAUCACGGUGGCCUGGGGAUUUCUCGCCGGCUGGCUCGUCAACCGCUACGGAGACAAGGAGACCUUCCUGCCCGUAACCGACGCUAACGUGGGCGAGCUCCUGCACCUGUACAUGCCCGUGCUGGUGUUCACGGUGACGCUCAACGUGCGGUACCACAUAUUCUGGCGCUGCUUCUGGCAAUGCGUGCUCCUGGGAGGCGUGGGGCUCGUGCUUAGCGUGUGCAUGUUCGUACUGUACAUGACGUUCAUGGUGCCUUCGAGCAAAGAAGGCAUCGGUGGUCGGGACCCCUCGGGCAGUGACCGGGAGAGCCUCGGAGACAACUCUGCCACGUCGGCGCUCAUGGGCUUCCUAGUCUGCUGCCCGGAACCGAUGUACUACACGGAAAUUCAAUUUCUGACCACAGCCAAAUCCCACAUCCUCGAGACUCUAGUGAUGGGCGAGUCCCUGGUAGGCCUGUCUUUCUACUGGUUUAUCGAGUCCCUGGUAGGCCUGUCUUUCUACUGGUUUAUCUACAACACCGUUGCCGUCCUCAAGGAGUUCAGCUUUUCUAACUUUGGCGUGUUCGUGCUGACCACCCUUGUUCUGGGCCCUUUGUUCGGAAAGCUCGUGGGCCACCUGCUGGCCUACCUGCUGAUCGCCUUGUCUCAGGACGUUUCAAUCACUUACCUGGUCUCGCUGUGCGCCGUCUACCUGACCUUUCUGCUGGCCGAGCACGCGUUCCUGGGCAGCGGCGUGACGUCGAUCAUCGCUCUCGCCCUGACCGCCAGCGCGCACAGCGCGUCCACCAUCAUGGACCCGAUAGUGCUGCGAAAGUUCUGGAUGCUGUUUCGAUACACGUACGAUACGGUCAUCGUGUUCCUGGCCGCCUUCAAGGUAGGCCGUGACGCCGUCAGUUAUCUGGACGCCGAUGACGUCAUCCUCUUAGGCCACACUUACGCCGCGAAGAUCAUAGUCAGGGGCCUGAUGGUGCUCGUGCUGUACCCGGUCCUCUGCUCAACCGGUUACGAUUUGAACUGGCGCCAGUGCGUCGCUCUGGUCUGGAUCAACUUCAAGAGCGCCGUCAUCGUAGGAUUCUCGCUCUCCUCGUGGAUUUCCAACAUCAACGUCAGCGUCGCGCUCAGGGAGGACGCCAUACGUCUCGGCUUGGUGUUUCUGGUACAAGCCAUAAACACCCUCUCUCUACCCCAGCUAAUGUGGGCAUUGGGCCUAGUGCAGAUGUCGGAAGCGGAGAGGGCCAACAUGAACGUAGUGGUGACGGCGCUUCGCAACACGGCCAAACAGUCGACCAACAAGCAGCGUCGCGAGAAGAACUUCAGCGGCGCCGACUGGAAAUGGGUCCAGCUGCACACCUUCAUCGAGAAUCCGUACGCCGAUGUGGCGGCCGCCGGGACAGAACGUAGCGCCCUUGGUCCACGCCUCUCGCUGCAGCGCCGGGAGGACACGCUAGCCGAGGCCAAGCACAACGCCAACACCAACAUACUGAGGUUGCAGAAGGUGUGCUACAACAAGCAGUACGAAGACGGCAUGAUUCACAAGCGCACGAAGACGACCAUUCUAGCGGCUCUGCAGUAUCCGCUAGAAAGAGAGCUAUACCUCAACAUCGACAUGAUGACCCAGUACAUCACAGUGCCAGCUUGGAUCUAUUCGCUGAAAAACAUUCUCCAAAGGUUUGCGGGCACCGAGGUCAUCGAACGUCGCAGUUCGGGCCGCGUCAGUGCCCGCACGGAGAGCGAGACCAGCGUAGUGGAGAUGGACCUGCUCUCAAACUCCAUUACUCAGGGUUGGUACCACGUGCUCGUGGGCCUGGUGGCCGUGGGCUUUGUCUUCCUGCUCGGAGGACUUGCCUUCUUCACCCAGUACAAGAUGAAUGACGUCAUCAUGUCGGUCGUGGUCAGCGUCCAGGGCUUGUACGUCCUGCUGUACGCCCUGGAGAUACUCCUCGUGGUGUACUCAAUGGGCAUGUUCAGGAUGGGCCGUGAUGUUUGGCGCCAGCUAGACCUGAUAAUCUUCGUCCUCGUGGUGUCCGAAUUCGUGCUGACCAGCUUCGUCUCAAUAAGUAUGGACGAAAAGCAGAACAAGUGGUACGCCAUCUUCCUUCAGUGCAGCUUCAUACUGCUGGUUGCCUGCCGCACGGUGAAGACGCUGCAGAAGAGAGCAGUCCUGUUUGUGUGGCUGUGGGACCUGAUGGACGGGGUGCUGAACCGGAAGCUGUUCUACGCGUACGACGUCAGCUGGGCCUACAUCACCGCCGAAGACGAAGCCAUGGCCAAGGCGGGCCGCUUCGUCAAGAACGCCCAGCUUGCCAACAAGAUUCGGGACCAAUGCGGCCGGAACAAACUUCAGACGCUGAAAAACGUUAUCGACAUCCAGCAAAAGUACCCCAACAUCGAAGUCGCCACGAAGACGCGUCAGGCGGCGCGCAAGACGCUGAACAAGGCACUGGACGCUCUGCACGACCUGCACGACGGUGGCCUACUGGACGACAAGCAGUUCGGCAUGCUUUACGAGGACCUGACGUGGAUGAUCCACCGUGUGGACGGCAUGCCGACCAACAUCAUCGUUGGAGACACGGCACACUGCAUCCUGCUUAGCAUUCCUUGGCUGCCCAGGGAAGAGGUCACCAAGUUGCUCAAGGUCUACGGCAAAGGAACGCGGCAAAGUACAGACACAGAGGGACGCCUGCAGAACGCAGACUCAAACCAGUACUUCUUCAGCGAAGGCGACUUCAAGGACUACUUGGUAUCGCCAGAUUGCAUAGGCCUCAUCGGCUUCCUCUCCGCAAUGCCGUCGGUAUGCCAGGCAGUCUGCGAAACCGACGUCGAACUGUGCAGUAUACCGAUGGAAGUGAUGGAGCGCAUCACUGAGCAGCACCCCGACCCACCGACAGUAGUCUACCGCAUGUGGUUCUCCGUGGCGGUACGCGUUGCCCUCGGCGUCCUCAUCAACCACAAACGAUACCAGGACUGGACGCACGACAAACUGAAGCAGUUCCUGGAAGGCGGCAUCAUGCCGAACCUGUACUACGCCAUCGAGUUCUCCCUGGACGAGGCCGUGCAGGACGUCAUCUUGAUACAGGGCUGCGUCGUGUCAGCCGAAGGACAUCGCUACUUCGGGCCCUGCUACUUGCCGCAGGCGCUGCGGCAGAUGAAGCUGCCGGGCUCGCCAAACUCGCGUCCUCGGCCGGUGAUGCUGAUCACGACCCUGAUGCGGUACCACCUGCCUCCGGAGCUCGACUGGUACCACCAGCCGCUGCGCCACUACGACUACAUGCCGCGCACCAGAACCGACGAGGAGUACGCGCACUGGCUGGGCAUGGCACAGACCGAAACUGCCUCCAAGUCAACAGCUGGCGAGCCAGUUGACCAGUCCGCCGCGAAAGGCUCCCAGGGCGGCUUACCCGAUGAUGCAGCACUGCCCAUCUGCACUGCCACGCGCCUGUCGCUGUCGCACCAAUUGGGCAGCUUGGUAUCUUCUAACCGUGGCCUGCACCCAUUCAUUGAUGCCAAGGAAAUCCGCCGUGAGCUUCAACUGGACGUCUCCCUCAGCACUAUUCGGCGGCGACUGCGAGAGGCCGGGCUGUGGGGCUGCGUGGCUGCUCAGAAACCUCAGUUGACGGAGCGACAGAGGCAGCUAAGGCUCGAGUUUGCGCGUUCUGUGGAGGGCUGCACGGUGGAAGAAUGGGGCGAAGUAAUUUUCACCGACGAAUCUACCUUCUCUUCGCGAUGGGACCAGCAGCGUCAUGUAUGGCGCCCUAUGAAUUGCAGAUACCUUCCAGAAUACUGCCACAACGUUUUGUCCAGCGGCCGCUGCGCCGUGAGCGCAUGGGGAGCCAUCAGCAAGGAGGGACUCGGUCCACUUGUCCGAAUCAAUGGAUCCUUCACGGCAUCCGCUUAUUGCAGAUUGCUGCAGGAAGUGCUGGUGCCUUACGCCCUGGAGGGACCAUUCGAGGAUGGCUGCUACCAGCUGCAGCACGACCGAAGUCCAAUCCACACAGCUCGCAUGGUGGCCACGGUACUCGAGAACCUUGCCAUCCGCACUCUGCCUUGGCCCCCCGUCGGUGCUGACCUGAACCCGAUUGAAAAUGUGUGGGGCAUCGUGAAGAGCCGCCUGUCUGCGCGACGGCUUUCAAGCGCGACUUCCGAAGCGCUUUGGCAGGCAGUAAGCGAGGAGUGGGAGCGCCUGCGCCUUACCCCUGAGGUGGUCGUGAGGCUGUACGAGUCGAUGCCGCGACGCGUCCAAGCCGUCAUCGCCGCCAACGGAAACCUGACACGUUACUGA